AUGAUUUACAAUAUAUAUAUAUUUAACAAGAGUGGAGUUUGUAUAUAUUACGAAGAAUGGAAUAGGAAGAAACCUUCUUCAAACUUGGCAGAGGAACAGAAACUACUAUUUGGUAUGCUCUACUCUCUAAAGUCAUUCCUAUCAAAGAGUUCACCAAGGCCAAUGGACCCAAGUACAGCGUUUCAUUGCUUCAAGACAACGACAUAUAAGCUACACUUUUAUGAGACAUUGUCUUCUGUAAAGUUCAUUAUAUUGACAGAUCCCAAUACACCUGACUUGCGAGAUGAGUUAAAGAAGGUCUAUAGUACAGUGUUUAUAGACUAUGUCAUCAAGAAUCCAUUAUACGAACCAAACUCUAUCAUCAAAUGCGAACUGUUCAUCACUCACUUGAAUCAAAUGAUCAAGCAGAUCCCUUAUUACAACAUC